ACACACAACAUUAAGUGAUUUAUAUAGCGCGAUCUCUGCGCUCCGUGUUGCUGUCGGACGAACGGCGGAGUACUAGAGAAGCGUGUGCGGGGAGUAGUUGUUGUGCCGGUACUCAACUCGUUGUUGGUCACGUGGGUUGGACGAAUAUUUCGUCGAGUGUUUGUUCGGUACAUCAGGUUUUAUAUGAGUAAAAUUUAAAGUUUAUGAAUUGGUAACGCAUUGAAUUUAGUUUAAGUUGAUCAGUCACGUUUAUUUGAUUCAUAAUAAGCUAGUUUGCAUUGUUUUCUUUACAUGAAAACGCUCAAAUACAAGUCUCGGAGUGGAGUGGUUUCAAGCAACUUGGACAUGCGAAUUGUGGGAUGAUUUAAUCUUUCUCGUGACGGUACACUUAACGGACUGUAAAAUACUUGCUGGAGACUUUAAAAGUUUGGAAAACGUCUUAUCUCAAGGUUGCUUCAAAUAGAAAGGUUAAUCAGUGGAAAUCGCCGUUUCAGUGUUAUUUCAGAUUCGUCUGAUAUAAAUCAACUUUCUGUUCUGGGACCAAGUUUUGACAAAAGAUAUGACUAGUGAUCACCCGUUAAAGCCAAGAGAUGCAAGCCCACUACCACUCUCGUGCACAGAAUGAGAUCAUCACCAGGCUAUCUACUCUUCAUUUUGGAAGUGGUCCUACUCCUAGGGCUUGUUGCUAAGGAAGUUUCUGCAUCUUGGUGGUUUAUCAGCCAGCUAAACAUCCAUGCCCUGGGCGCUGGUGUGGUGUGUGACAACAUCCCCGGUCUCGUGGGCAGACAGCGCAGGCUAUGUCGUCAUCACCCUGACGUCAUGGUGCCACUGAGCGAAGGCGUACGCCUCGGAGUGGAAGAGUGCCAGUUCCAUUUCCGGAACCAGAGGUGGAACUGUAGCACGCUGGAGAGGGAUACCUCCUUGUUUGGGAAGGUCAUGCUAAGAGGCAGUCGCGAAGCUGCCUUUGUGUACAGCAUCUCUUCCGCUGGCGUGGUCCACGCCAUCACCCGUUCUUGCAGUCGUGGCCAGCUCAUGCACUGCGCCUGCGACCCCACCAAAAGAGGAUCUGGCAGAGACAAGAGAGGUGCCUUUGACUGGGGAGGAUGUUCAGAUAAUGUUCGCUACGGCAGUACUUUCUCCAGGAUGUUCAUCGACGCUAAGGAACGCAAGCAGAGAGACGGGAGGGCUAUGAUGAACUUACACAACAACAGAGCCGGCCGAAGGGCGGUGAAGAAGUUCCGCAAACUGGAGUGCAAGUGUCACGGUGUGAGUGGAUCCUGUACCAUCCGCACGUGCUGGCUGGCCAUGCAGGAGUUCCGUCUGGUGGGGCAGCACCUCAAAACACGCUACAACGGGGCCACGCAGGUCAUGAUGAAGCAAAACGGCGCAAGUCUCAUUGUGGCAGAUAAGAACCACAAGCGUCCUACGCGCUCUGACCUCGUCUACUUAGAAUCUUCACCCGACUACUGCGUUGAGAAUUCGGAAGUUGGAUCGCUCGGGACUACAGGGCGCACGUGCAACAAAUCUUCUAUGGGCACCGACGGUUGUGACAUCAUGUGUUGUGGGCGGGGCUACCACACACGCGUGGUGAAGCAACAUUACAAGUGUGAGUGCAAGUUCCACUGGUGCUGCUUUGUACACUGCAAGGAUUGUCAAAGGUGGGUGGAGCUACACACCUGCAAAGGCCCCGCCCCUCAGGGUCUCAUUGGCUCCUGAUAUUACUGUUGGGUUGGGUGGAGCUACGCACGUGUGAAGGCUCCGCCCUUUAGAUUUUCACAAGUUCUUCAUUACAAGGGCGGAAUCUCAUGCGCUUUAGAACUCCACCCUCUCUCAUCUCUGGGGGCGAUCAUAGCCUCUUGCUGUCCGGAUUGGGGCUACUCGUGAACUUAGCCCCGCCCAUCACGGCUUCACGGGCUCUUGGCUGACUUUAUUUGAACUCUUGCAAUAGCUGUUGUGGAGUAGUAUUGACACAUCAGUUGCUGUUAUAUUGUCAGUUAUAUUGACAGCUUUGUUUACUGCUUUUCAUAAAUUUGAGACGAGCUGACCACAGCCACCUGACAAUGUUCCUUUAAUGGGAGUAGAUUUUUUUUUAAAGAAAAAAAAAAAAGAAGGACGUAUGAAUUUACCGCACCUUUGGAUAAACGAUAACGGUUACAUCAUAUUUGAUUUAAUGAUUUCUAUAAAACAUUCACAAUAAAUCUUUUCUGGAUAAAAUGAUGUGGUGUGAUGCCAGUCAAUAACUGGAGUCAUUGAGACUUACACUUUCUUGAACAUGAUAAAACUGUCGAAUGGCACACUGGUCUACUUUGUCGAGUUUUGACAAAGUUGUGCCUAAUUCGUACAUGUGAAUGUUGUAGACUUUUUCGUUAACAAUCUAUCAUGACGCAUCAACUUUGAAUAGUCGGCUUUUAGAAGUGAAUAAUAAUAUCAAUUUACCAUGCAGUGUUAUGGACUUGUUUUUUUAUGAUUCACUGAACCAUGACAAGGUUUAUCUUUGGCGUUCUUUUACUUUUACAGUUUUAUUCUCUCAUAAUAAUAUACACUGUGUUCGAAUCAAUUGCUCUCUUGUGUUCUGACUGAGCCAUUGUACCAGUAACAAAUGAGCUCUAACACUGAACAAAGUAUAAGGACUAUAAUGUCGUCAAAAGACAUUAUUGUAAUAUUACAUUUGUUCGUCCCAAUUUUUUUAUAAUGUUGUUUCCAUGUUUUAUUAGAUUACAUUUCUAAAUGCAAUUUUUAGAAUAGUAAUGCUCUUUAUGUGCUGUAUUAAUUGCUGAAUAAGUUUUGUUAAACAUUUGUUCAUUCACAUUUUUAAAUUUAAAAAAAGGAGUUUCAACUGGUUUACGGUGUCUAAAGGCGUCAGGGGAACGAGGUUGGAAAACCUUUCACAACACAUAGCCUACUCCAUAACAUAACCGUGACUUGGGUGCAUCGUAACGCCAGUGGCUGUCUUAUACUAUUAUUAUGAAUUCGUCUUAACGGCUGUGUUUGGGGUCAUAUAAAUACUAUCUUUCCUUUAAGUAAGCUUAUGAAACUCAGUCUUUAACGACGCUGAUUGAAAUGAAGUGUGGACUUUGUAUUUUAUCGAAGUUAAACGUAUUGUUUUUACUCAACUACAUUUCUAAACUCACAGAAAACUACUUAAUGCCCUCAAUAGCAUUUCAAUGAUAAAUCACAUUACAACCAGCAAGUCUUAUGUCUCGACUAUAAUAAAAAUUGAUUCGCGUUAGAAUUCUGACAGAAGACGUAUUAUUAUUCUAUUCCUGUAUAGAAAUAUUCUUGUAAAAAAUCAAUUGUGAAUUUUUGUACAGCACCAAAAAGAUUCACAGCACUCAAUUAAAGUAUUGUCUUGUCUUUGUACUUUAAGGAGAGGUAAAAAUACACGCUCUGCAUGCCAAAAAGAAGAUGCGACCCCUAUAAAUACGGAUAUAACUCACUUGAGCAUAAUAAGCUCCGUCUCGCAGAAAAAGUUCACAGAGCGUCCCGCUUCUCGCACACAUUUUGUAUACGCAUAUGGCCUGCGUCACACACAGCUCACCAAUGACACUUUUUAGUGGCAAAACUUGUCAAAAGAAAUUAAUUUUACAGUGAACACAUUUUUGGUUCUCAAAACAUGCGUUCAAUGAACACAGUGUCCCGAUCAGAAAAAUUUAUUACCGACUUAAUUUAACAGUGAUAAUGUCCCAGCAGUAAAACGUUAAAAAUCUAUAGAAACCACCAUUUGUAUAAUUUAUUCAGGUGUUUUCUGGAAUACAGCUAACAAGUGUUUACAAAAAGAUUGAACUGUUAAGGCAAAUUGAUACUAGUCAUUGUGCAAAAGGUGGAGAGUCAAUGUUCGAUAGCUUAAUUUGAGAAUAAGUUGCGUGGCGCAUUUUUGACCGCACUAUAAUUAUAGCUGGUUGGGUGGCUUAGAGAAUUAGUUUUGGUUGUUUAAUUUUGAAUGUUGCUAUUUAAUUUGAAAAGCGCUGAACUUUUUGCAUGACACAAAAAAGAGCUCUGGUGAAGCUCCGUUAGUUGAUUCCCCUCCUCCCCUUGUUUUUGCUGCAAAAACGUAAAAAAGGAAAAAAGCCUGAAGACUUAGUCUCAUCUCAAGAAGUUAUUAAAAAAAGAAAAGAAAA